AAACAGCAGCCGCGCGACGGACCCGCCGCUUCCGGUGCCGCCGUCGCUGCUGCUGCAGCCACCUGGAAAAGAGCUUCUGACACGGAGCCUCAGGGUCCGCUGACAGCAGUUGUGGCAGCAGAGGCCAUCAUGGAGAGCACGGCUCUCGAGAGCCUGAUUGAGAUGGGCUUCCCCCAGAACAGAGCAGAGAAGGCUCUAGCGCUGACUGGGAACCAGGGCAUUGAAUCGGCAAUGGACUGGCUCAUGGAGCACGAGAAUGACCUGGACUUGGAUGAGCCCUAUGUUCCCCCCCCAGGCCACGUUCUGAGCUCAGAGGAGCCCCCCGAGGGGAGGACGCCGGAGGCGGUGCAGACUGGAUCAGAUCUGACGUUAGAGGAGCUGACUGACGAAGACAACCGACGCCCCCUGAGCGAAGAAGAGAAACGGGAACAAACAAAGAGGAUGAUGGAGCUGAUCUCUCAGAAGCAGCGGGAGCGCGAGGAGCGCGAGAAGCGGGAGAGCAUUGAGCGGGAGAAGCAGCGCCGGAAGCAGGGCCAGGAGCUCUCCCUCAUCCGCCAGAAGCUGCAAGAGGACGAGAUGAAGAAGCUGGCGGAAGAGAGGCGCCGGGAGAAGCUGGAGGAGAAGUUGGCCAAGGAGCGAGUGCGAGAGAAGAUUGAACGAGACAAGGCUGAGAGAGCCAAGAAGUUCGGGGGCGGCUCCUGCAGCUCUUCUCAAGCAUCUAGCCCCCCUGAGCCGAUGGCUCCCGCACCGGUUCCCUCCUCGCCCAGCCAGGAGCCCCCGGUCAAGCGAGAGUACGACCAGUGCAGGAUACAGGUGAGGCUGCUGGACGGCACGUCGCUCACUCAGACCUUCCGCGCCAAAGAGCAGCUGGCCGCCGUCCGCCUCUACGUGCAGCUGAACCGCCAGGACGGCGGGGAGGUGGAGCCUUUCAACCUUCUCACUAGCUUCCCGCGGCGCGUCUUCACCGAGGAAGACAUGGAGAGGCCCCUGCAGGAGUUGGGUCUGGUGCCUUCAGCCGUGUUGAUCGUGGCUAAGAAGGGGAACAACAGCUGAAUGGCCCUCUGGCUGCCCUCCCACUUCGGCCUCAGCCCUCCCUCGCUGCUGCUGCUGCUGCUGCUGGCGGUGACCCUCAUCUUUCCUUGUUCUCCGCCAUGGGGUGCCGCCCCACAGCCUCUCCGGCACCCCUCAGCUCUGACUGCAGAGACUCCAAAGCAGCGACAUUCUCAGGCUGGGCUUCAGGAGAAAUUAUGGGGUGGAGGUAGAAGCGUUGCCCUUCCCCACGGCCCCUUGGUGGGGAGGCGCACGACUGCAACCUGACUCUCCCCACCACCACCACCUCCUCCUCCUCCUCCUCCUCCCCC